CACAUUUAUCUCUCAGCUCAGGCGCUGGCCGGAGUGUGCUUUUCUUCUUUUCUGAAGUUCUAAUUUUGGUUUCUGCUUCGAGUUUUGACCUUUUUCUGACUUUACUCGAAUUCUAAUUUCAGCGAGACUACAUUACACAUACUUCAUAAAAUGUCACUCACACCAGUCAAUUCACUGACCGUAGCAACAGCAGCCAUCUUUGGGAGCCUUGGGCUACUGUGGCUUUACAAGAAGCUUACAUCACAUCAGAGGAGGGCGGGGCUUAAAGACAAGGUGGUACUCAUCACGGGGGCAAGUUCUGGAGUAGGAGAGGAAUGUGCCAGAGUUUUCUACCGUCUUGGCUGCAAGGUGAUUUUGUGCGCAAGAAGGGCAUCUGAGCUGGAGAGGGUCAAGAAAGAAUUGAUGGCUUUAAAAUUGGCUCAAGGAAUCCCAGCCCACAUCCCCCACGUGAUACCCCUUGACCUUGAGAAAUUGGACGAACUACCAGACCGAGCCAAGGAAGCACUCGCACUCCACGGCCAUAUAGACAUCCUUAUCAACAAUGGAGGAAUGAGCGUCAGAGGGAGUGUGGUUGAUACCGUUCUCUCCGUCCAUCAGAAGAUCAUGAAUAUCAACCAUUUUGGUUCACUCGUCCUCACUUCUGCCAUUUUACCAAGCAUGAUCUCAAGAAGAAAGGGUCACAUUCUUGCAGUCAGCAGUGUUCAAGGAAGGAUAGCUAUUCCAUUCAGAAGUGCUUAUUCUGCCUCAAAGCAUGCCAUGCAAGCUUACUUUGACUCUCUAAGAGCUGAGGUUGCUGAACACAACAUCAGCGUCACAGUUCUUAGUCCCAGCUAUAUCAAUACCAACCUUUCUCUGAGUGCUCUACAUGGAGAUGGAUCUAUUCAUGCAAAGAUGGAUUCCACUACAGCCAAUGGCAUGUCAACGAUUUAUGUGGCUGACAAGAUUGUUGAUGCGGUUGCUAAGCAACAAAGUGAUGUAGUACUGGGGCCAUUCACACACGGAGCAGCAAUCUACAUCAGGGCUUUGUUCCCUAAUCUCUAUUUCUGGAUCAUGGCUGGGAGAGCAAAGAAAGGAGAAAAGGCAGAAGAUUGAUGGUGGUCUCAGAAAAGGACAUUUUAUUUGCCAAAUUAGUACCACCAUUACCCCAGAUCAUC